AUGUUCACCCAAGCCGACGCCGAGAUGCUCGUCAGAGUUCUCACCUCCACUCAGGACGUCAAUCAAAAUCUGACCGACGUCAACACUCUCAAAGCCAACGUCAACACUCUCAAAGCCGACAUUGCGACCCUCAAAGCUGACGUUGCGGCCAUCAAAGAUCAGAACAAGGCCACCGAUAAGAAGUUGGACAUCACAAAGACCCUCAAAGCCGACAUUGCCGCUCUCAAAACUGAUAUGAAGACCAUCGAAGAUCAGCACAAGGCCACCAACAGGAAAACGGACAAGAUGAUGGUGAUCUUGGUUGACAUCAGGAGUAGUAUUGCUGUACAGAAGCGUAUCAAUAAACAGGUGAUCAGGAUUCUCUUCAUCUGA